AUGUGCGGUAUCCUCGCUUUGAUCCUCGCAAAUUCUGCUGCCUCCGCGGCAGUGGACUUGCACGAGGCGCUAUAUCUCCUUCAACAUCGAGGUCAAGAUGCCGCUGGUAUUGCAACCUGCGCGUCCGGUGGUCGGAUCUACCAGUUGAAGUCGAACGGCAUGGCUGCCAAGGUCUUCCACGAUGGUGCCAAAGUCGCAGAUCUUCCAGGUCCGAUGGGUAUUGGUCAUCUGAGAUAUCCAACUGCGGGAAGCAGUGCAAAUGCCGAGGCUCAACCUUUCUAUGUAAAUAGUCCUUAUGGCAUUUGCCUGGCCCACAAUGGAAAUUUGAUCAAUGCCACCGAGUUGAAGCGGUACCUCGACCUGGAAGCCCAUCGUCACAUCAACACCGACAGUGAUAGCGAGUUGAUGCUGAACGUCUUCGCGGAUGAGUUGAGUGAGACCAAGAAAGCGCGUGUCAACAAGGAGGACGUCUUUGCCAGCCUUGGCAGGAUGUACGAGAGGUGCCAAGGUGGCUGGGCCUGUACCGCUAUGUUGGCUGGUUUCGGUAUUCUGGGCUUCCGUGAUGCCUAUGGAAUCCGUCCUCUGAUCCUCGGGUCGAGGCCCUCCCUUGAUGGCCCGGGCACGGACUACAUGAUGGCUUCGGAGUCGGUUGCUCUAGACCAGCUUGGCUUCACAGUCAUUCGUGAUAUCCAACCCGGUGAAGCCGUCAUCAUCGAAAAGGGCGGGGAGCCUGUCUUCUGUCAGGUGGCUCCCAGGAAACAAUAUGCCCCGGAUAUUUUCGAAUACGUAUACUUUGCACGACCCGACUCUGUAAUUGACGGUAUCAGCGUGUAUCGUAGCCGGCAACGCAUGGGUGAUCGCCUUGCCGCAAGGGUUCUCGAUGUUCUUGGGCCUGAAAAGGUUAAGGAUAUCGACGCCGUCAUCCCUAUUCCUGAAACCUCGACUACUGCAGCGGCAAGUCUUGCUCGGUGCCUGGACAAGCCAUAUAUCCAGGGUUUUGUCAAGAAUCGAUAUGUUUUCCGGACUUUCAUCAUGCCUGAGCAGAAGACCCGGCAAAAGGGUGUCCGUCGCAAGCUCAACGCCAUGAAGGGUGAGUUCAAAGGCCGCAAUGUAUUGCUCGUCGAUGACAGCAUCGUGCGUGGAACUACGAGUCGAGAGAUCGUUACAAUGGCAAAGGAGGCCGGUGCGAAGAAGGUCUACUUCGCUAGUUGCGCACCGGAAAUCACACACCCACAUAUUUACGGAAUCGAUCUGGCCUCGCCGAAUGAGUUGGUUGCUUACAACCGGAAGGUGGAGGACAUCGCGGACUAUAUUGGCGCUGACGGCAUGAUUUUCCAGACGUUGGAGGACCUCACAGGAGCCUGUCGGGAGAUUGCGCAAGAGAGCGGCUGCAAGGAACCCAUGAAUUUUGAGGUGGGAGUCUUCUGUGGCCGUUACAUCACUCCAGUGUCAGAAGGUUACUUCGAUCAUUUGGAGAUGGUUCGCGGUGAAGGCCGCAAAAUCAAAGCUUUGGAAAAAGCUAAGCAGGCUGUCACCCACGGUAUUGCUAGCCAGAAGGAUUUCCAAAUAGCGACGAACGGUGUCAAGUUGGAUUCCAACGGUAAUAUCGUUCCGGCAUCGCACCCAGGGGAAUCCGAUAUUCCCAAGGUCGAUGUCAGCCGCAUUCAAGCAAAUGCCUCGGAAGAGGUCAAUCCCAAGGUGAAGGACCGCAUGGACAUCAGUAUCCACAAUAUGGGUGAUUAUGCAUAG